UUAUUGAGUUAGGGGCUUGGCUACGCCCAUAUGGGUACAUGCUUUUUAUACAAGCUGCGUAACACGCAGUGGCUGUGGACUGAGCGGCGCAUUUACAACCUCUCCACGAUGCAACCUGCGAGCUAAAGCCAACUCUCUGUUGCUCCGUAUGCAAAACCCGGGCUGGGGCGGAACCAAUCAGGACCAGAACCAGCUCCCACGCCCCGCCUUCAUCCCUAAACCCACCCCUCCUCCGACGGCUCGCUUAACAGCUCGGCGCAAGUGAUGGGAUGAGAAACGCGCGCAAAACCCAGUUUUGGCGAGAGCUGGCUCGUCUUGGCGGAGGAGCGUCCGGUGUUCCUGCUUUUCUCGGCAUUUACCUGGGCAAAGCUGCCGUUGCAGCAGGAUGCGGGAAACAGGAGGAGACAGAGAAAGACGAUAGCAGCUUGGCAGUCUCGCUUGGAAGCGGUUUGUGCCGGUGCGCGCGUUGGAAGCCCCGAACCCGCGUUUCGGAUCGGAUCGAGAGGUGCUGAGAGAAGAAGGGAGAGGAAAGGCAAGGCGAGCUAUGGAGCGCAUCUUGGCUUUGCAACGCUUUCUUCGGGACUAGUUCUGCAAAGAGGGAGCUGGAGGGCAAGCGGGGUGGGGGCGCAACCGGCAAUCCAAGACCCCAGGCGCCGAUAACUCCUCGGCGCGUGGAGUCAACACGUCCGGGAGGAGAACUUCCAUGUAGCUGCGACCCGGGAUUUUCCCUGCCGCCAAGAGUAAUUUUGCACGCGCAAGUCUUACGGGGGUUUCCCUCCCGCCCCGCCCCGCCAGCCCCCUCUUCCUCGCCGUCUGUGUUUGCCUGCAAGUUGCGAAGCUUCCCAUUGGAUUUCAUGGAGCUGGGAUUCCUGGUACUUGUUGGGCUUACAGUUAUCUCGAGUACAGGCUUCUCACUGCCCGUCUCUCGCCCACUGCUGCUCUACAGUGGUGGCAGUAGCAGCAACAGUGAGCUGAGGUUUCCAGGGCCCCACGGGAGGGUCAGCAAAGAAAACGAGACAGCAGUAGGAGGGCUGCUUUCAGCCAGCAACGCCACCGUGGGGAAAGUGGCUGGCCCACAGGAGGUACACCACAGAGCCAAGCGCUGCACUUGCUACACCUACAAAGAUAAGGAGUGUGUUUAUUACUGCCACCUGGACAUAAUCUGGAUCAACACCCCAGAGAGGAUUGUUCCAUAUGGACUGGCAAAUUACAGGGGAAGUUUCAGAGGCAAAAGAUCUACAGAGCGGCAUCGCAAGAGCUUGCAUUCAUCAAAGCAGCCUCCAUUACGCUGCUCUUGUGCAGACAGAUGCGACAAGCAGUGUAUGCAUUUUUGCAGAACGACCCAGAAUGGCCAAUGUAAUAAUGAGCAACUGAACAGCAGAGAAGAAACAGAUCCCCAUCAAGAAAAGGAGCAUAUAUCUGUAGCCCAGGAGAAUUUUCAGCUUCUUCAAGUUGGAGAGGUGCAGUCUAUGUUUUAAUUAUAUUGUGCGCGUAUGAAGCUGAGUACCUACUAGCUAAGAUAUGAAACUCACUGAAGAUGAACAAAUGUUCAAGACUCUCAAAUGGAUUAUCUAGCUGCAGGUGUGCCCUUUUCCUGAACUGAUGCAAUCUUGAAAGUCGACAAUGUACCUACCUGGAGGAAGUGUUACUGAACUGCAAUGUUCUGGCUCGUUUCUUGCUUGAGUCUUAUACACCCCACAUGAUAAUGACAUCCAUGAUGACAUCCAUCAAUUUUGGAAAGCAACAUUUUUGCUGUUUACGGUCCCAAGAACAGCCCCCACUGGCAAAAAAGAAAGAAAGGGGAAAAAAAAAUAAAGAUUCAAGGAGUGAAAAACUUUCCUACUCUGUCAAGAAUGCAGGACAGGAAAAAAGAAUGCUUCACUUUUUUGCUUGUCAUGUGUAUGAAUGUCCAGCUUUUCACAUGCGGUUGUCAUGGGACAAAUUGGGACAUUGGAACAGUACCUAUAUUUGAUAUUCUGGUCACUUUUUUU